CUCAUUGGCCCCUUAAGCAACAUUCCUUUUUCAUCAAUGACAUUACAUGGGUGUGUUCCCUGUGGCUCUGAAAUGUAUUAUAAUAAAGAGAUAAAUUUCCUCCCCUAAUCUCAGGCUUUGGGUGUUCCUUGUUUUGGGAAGUGCUUUAAAUCUGUCUGCCAGAGGCAUGGGCUGCUAAAGCCAGAGACUGACUGCCACAAUGCUGAGCUCUGGGCUUCCUCCCCUUCUCCUAUUGCUCACAGCUGCGGAGCUGAGCUCGUCCCUUACAGAUGAUGACAAGAGGUUGAUUGUGGAGAUGCACAACCAAUUCCGCUCCCAGGUCUCCCCUCCUGCUGCAGACAUGCUGAAAAUGAGCUGGGCUCCCGACCUGGAAGCCUUUGCUAAAGCCUAUGCAGCGAAGUGCAUCUGGGGCCACAACAAGGAGCGGGGCCGGCGGGGUGAGAACCUCUUUGCCAUUACAGACGAGAUGGACGUGGAAAUGGCCUUGGAGCAGUGGUACAACGAGCACGAGCAUUACAACCUGACCACGUCCAAGUGCACCGUAGGACAGAUGUGUGGCCACUACACCCAGGUGGUCUGGGCAAACAGUGAGCGGGUUGGCUGUGGGAUGCAGUUCUGUAAAACCCUGCAUGGCGUCGAAGACCCUGACCUCUACCUGCUGGUCUGCAACUACGAUCCCCCUGGCAACGUGAGAGGUCGCAAGCCAUACAAGGAAGGACCUCCGUGCUCCAAGUGCCCCGAGGGCUAUACGUGUAGGAAUUCAAUCUGCGAACCCAGUGUAGACUCAGAAGAGGCCUCUACAUCCUCUAGGACAACAAGGCCAAACCUCACCACUAGGCCAGCUCUCGCCACGGACACCACCCCCACGAGCCCGACCACCACCACUAGCCUAAGGCCGGCACCCACCCCCACGAGCCCGACCACCACCACUAGCCUAAGGCCAGCACCCACCACCACCACCACCACAAAAAGGCCAAAUCCCACCACAAGGCCAGCACCUGCCAGCACCACCAUGAACAGAAGCCCACCACCCACCCGAACAACAAGGCCCCACCCCACCAAGGCUACUGGGCCAACAUCCUCCGUAGAGCCCACCUCAGACCUGAACCUUAAAACAUCUCCAGAAAUGCAAGUGGACUCUGAGGAGACUGGUGCCCCAUUGGUGACCAUGGAGGCUGUGCUCUUGCUAGACCUGGAGUCAACCCUCAGCCCGACUGCCUCUCCAGAAAUGGAGGGAGACUUGAAGGAGUCUGAUGCAGCCUCCGUGAGAGCUGAGCCAGCCCUCUCCUCAGAGCCACCUCCAUCCUUCAGCCUUACGACUCCAGAAACCGAUCUGAGCUUGGACGAUACCAAGCAGCCUCCACCUGCCCUAAAGUCAACACCCGCCACUGCUAAGGUGACCUCCCUCCUGCACUUAUUACCACCUUCCAAGGCCGCAGGGAGACACAGCCUCACUGUCCAGUCCGCCCUGUCAGGUGCCAGAGAGACCGAAGAGCUGAUGACGGGCCCCACAAAGAAAGACUUGGACCAGCUCAAUGGUUCAGCCACCAGCAACUUUCUGGAGUUCUCUCUGUUCCUACUGGCCACGCCCCUGCUGACAGGCCUUCUCCUCUGAAGGGUCUGCCUCGACCCCCUGUGCUCCUAGCCUCAAACUCUCCUCCAGUACUGAUUGUCCCGCUGCUCUGCUGCAUGUGGGGCAUAUCAAUCAGGUGAAGACCCCCUACUGGGCCUUCUUGCCGCUGGCUAAGUCCACUCCAAUCCAGUUAUACUCAGUGGUGCCUGGCAAACCGCAGUGGCCAUUCUGUUACACUAGCACUGCUGAGACCCCACUAUCCCUGGAUACCAAUAUAAGGGGGGUAGCUAAGUUUUAAGUGCCCAGCUCAUCUGUCGAAGGGGCAGGAGCAGCUGGGUGAAGAGAGGGGAAAUUCCUUGGUGCCUCUUCCUCCCCGAGCUCUAACUCUAACCUGAAGCUCCAUAAUUCCUACUCCAGUCUGACUCAGAGAUGGGACUCCUUCAUACUGAAGAUCCUGGAUCCCCACCAGUCUGGAGGCUCAGCGCUUCAUGGCCCUCCUCACUGGAAACGAUGAAUGAUCUACUAUCCUUGUAGGACUAUGAGGUCCUUUCCUACAAAUCCUAUAUGAAAGGCAGUGCAGAGACAUGGAUGGUACAACCCUAUCUAAACUCCUCUCGCUUCCUCCACCAACUAUGUCUACAGUGCACAUGCCCCUUCAGGAGAGCCAGGAAAUGAACCCUGCUCAUCAGUUUUGCUCGGUCCAUUGCAUGCAUCCCAUUCCAGAGUUACUCCAUGUGGCAAGGCUCUUAUUUUGUUGUGCAUGGGGAAAAAAUACUUCUGCACUAGAGAGGAGGGGGUGGCUCAUUAUAAACCUCCUGUGGGCAUCGUCUGUAUCUUGUGGUAUGUCGUUAGACUAGCUUCUCUUGAGUGCCUGAAGCGUACAACGUAAUUAAAGUUAGAUACAGAUCUUGGCCUAUGGUGUAUGUAUCUUACACGCACAGUGGAACCUGACCCAGCAAAUACUAGGUGGCGUGAUGAAGCUCAAAGCACAUU